AUGCUCUUGCCCUCCAAGAAGGACUUCAAAACUGCCCUGCAAAUCUUUGCUAUCUUCCAGUGGGCCCUCGGUGCCUUCCUUACUGGCUGGGCUUCCUCCAGCAAUCACCAUGUGAUCUUUGGCAACCUCUACCUGGUAGUGUUCACGUCAUACUGGCCAAUCACUGUGCUCAUUCUCACCUGGCUGGCUUUUGACUGGAAGACCCCUGAGCGAGGUGGCUGCCGGCUUACCUGUGUGAGGCAUUGGUGCCUGUGGAAACAGUACUAUGAUUACUUCCCUCUCAAGCUUUGGAUGACUCAUGAUAUCUCUCCCAACCAUGAGUACAUCCUUGUCUGCUACCCUCAUGGGAUCAAGUCCCAUUCCUACUUUGCCCACUUUGCCACAGACAUCACAGGCUUCUCCAAGAUCUUUCCUGGCCUCACCCUCUAUAUGCUCACACUGGGAGCCUUUUUCUGGUUGCCUUUCCUCAGAGACUAUACAAUAUCUACAGGGGCCUGCUCUGUGAGCCAUUCCUCCAUGGACUUUCUGCUUACGCACAGAGGCACAAGCAAAAUGUUCAUUGUGGUGCCUGGUGGCCUGGUUGAAUGCAGAUACAGCCAGCCAGGCUCUACCAUCCUGGUCUUAAAGAAUCAGAGUGGCUUUGUGUGCAUGGCCCUUCGGCAUGGGGUGGGUCUAAUCUCCAGUUAUUCCUUUGGGUAGAUGGACCUCUAUGAUCAGCUUAUUUUCACUCCUGAGGGCUUUGUCAACUGCUUCCACAGCAUGGCACAUAUCUACCCUUGUGCUUUCUAUGGACACGGCUACACCAAGAACUCCAGGGGCCUUCUGCCCUGUGCCCAGCCUGUAACCACCAUUGUUGGGAAGCCUCUACCACUGCCCAAGAUUGAGAACCCAAGCCAGAAGACUAUGGUUAAAUACCAUGCACUCUAUAUUGAUGCCAUACACAAUACACUAUUUGACUAGCAUAAGACCACGUUUGGCUUGUCAGAGACCCAGGAGCUGGUGAUGGUUUGA